AUGUUGCACGACACUUGGGCAGUGUUUUUCUCUAACGUGGUUUCUGUUUACGGCAUAGUAGAAUCAUUGAUUGAGUGGGUAAAUACAGCGAUCAUCAACAAUACCUCGAUCAACAGUAAAGCACUCUCAGUUUUAAAAUACGUGAGUGUUUCGUUAGACUGUUCUUUAGGAGUUGCUGUUUUUGAAAGUCUUGAAAAUAAAAUUGACAAACUAUUUGAAGCCAGUGUAAAGGAAUUAGAAAACAACACCAGUGUGUAUGGCAUUCAGGUGUAUUUGUUUUACACCAAACUCGACAACUUACUACAAGGUGUUCCACCAGAAUUCACAGACAAACUGUUGAAAAAAACGUUGAGAAUUCUUGUUAGUGAUCAAUUUCCACUUAUAAUGGAUAAUUUGAAACAUUUUUGGGAAAGUGGAGACUUAGAGGGGAUUAAGAAUUUGAUGAAAGUUAUCAAGUUGUCGAAUGUUUCAGCGGACUUACUUAAUACAUUCAACCAACAUGAAUUUAUUUGUUGCAACGACUUUGUUGUGAAGUUUUUGAAAACAAAAGACGCGACUCUCCGAGGAUGUUUUGAAGUGGUUGAUAUGAAAAGAAGCUAUGAAAAGACGGGUGUCAAAAUUUCUGUUCUUGUUGAAGUGAUCAAAAACGCUUUCAUUGGAUGGGCCGCUUAUCAAAUGAAUGGUGAGACAAUUGUCGUACAACUUGUUAAAUAUAUAAGUGGGUUGUGCGACAAUCUCGGGAAAGAAUUUAAUACCGAUGAUUUGAGGAAAGCUUGUGAAGUUGUGGAAAUCAUAUCAAAUAAAGAUUUAUUUGCUUUGAUGUACUGGAAGAAUCUUUUUUCUAAGCUAACUGGAGCUAAGAUCCAAAACAUAGAAAACGAAUUAGUUUUUAUCCAAAUGUUCAGAGGAGUUGUUGAUAGCAGUUUGUCAAAGCGUAUCGUCGAUCUUGUUAAAGACUACAACAUGUCAACUGGAAUCAAUGGAAAAUAUCAAAAAUACAUGAAUGAAAAUGGUCAAGUUUAUGAUGUUAAUUUUAAAGUCCAAAUUUUCGGGGUUUCACAGAUGGAAGACAAAUACAUUUCAGAUGUGAAGAUGCCAACAGUACUCACAGAUAUAUUCACAAAUUUCAAUAAAUUUUACACAUCUUUUUCAUUUAAAAAGAAACUGACCAUCCUUCCACAUUUUUCGACGUGUUUUGUGAAUUACUCGAGUAAAGAAAGCAAUUUCAUAAUGUAUGGAAAUACAUGCCAAAUAUCAAUUCUAUUAAAGUUCAAUAAACAAGACAAACUAACAAAAAAUGAAAUUGAAGAUAUGUUUUCAAAUCAACAGAUGAAGGAGUCUUCACUUUCACUACUACUUCAAAACGGCAUUGUCGAGGAUAAAGGCGGUGUAAUUGAGCUUUCAAAAAGUUUUACUCCAACUACCAAAGUAACGAAUCUCUUAUCGAAAAAGAAAGCAGAAACAAAAGAAAUUGUUAAAAAAAAUGUGCAAGAAUACGAAUUUAACAAAGUAAUUUGCUUUUCAACGAAAGUACUCAAACGGAUGAAAGAAGUUAGUUAUGAUGAACUUUAUGAAUUGGUGCAAAAUGAAGUUAAGCCAUUGUUUGUGCUCAAGAUCAAUCAAUUCAAAAGGGUUGUAGAGUUCUUAGUUGUCAAAGGGUUUGCCACAAAAGAAGAGAACAACAUCAUUCAAUACGUUGCUUAG